ACGAACUUGAACGAAGCUUCUUUGACGAUUUGGACAACGAAAUGUUGUUAAAUAUGGGAGCUUGCGAAUACAAACGCUCUUUGAAUCUACUUCCAACCUUAAAUAAGUUUAGGAAUGAAGGAGAGAGUGGUUUUUGUGACGUUGUUUUGGAGACAGAAGGGAGACAUUUUUGGGUGCAUCGUUGUGUUUUGGCUGCAAAUAGUCAGUUUUUUUACACGAUGUUGAAUAGUGGAAUGAGAGAAUCCAAAGAAAAGAUCCUAAGACUUCCAUCUUUAUCAUGUGUAGCUAUGGAAAACAUCCUAGACUUCUUUUAUACCCAGGAAAUUCGCCUGACAGACGAUAUAAUUGUGGACAUACUCGAAGCUUCAAGCUUCCUUUUACUUGAACCUUUGAAGAAGACUUGCAUUGAGAUACUUUUAUCAAAGAUUUCACUCGAAAACUGUUUUAGCACUAAACGUUUAGCUAUGGAGUACAACACAGAGGAGCUCUUAGAAAGGGUAGAGGAUUUUAUGAAGAAAAACUUUCUACGUAUUGUCAAGAAAAGUAAGGAGUUUUUGGAACUUUCACUGAAGGAGUUGUGUGAACUUAUGAGCAAUCAAGAUAUUCGUGUUCUAGAAGAAAUACAAGUAUAUUAUGCUGCAAUCAAAUGGGUCAAGCAUGACGUUAAUUCCAGGUCUAAGCAAUUGCCAGUUUUGAUUAAGCGGCUGAAUUUGAAGGCCAUAUCAUCGGAUUUCUGGAAUGAAGAGCUUGAGAACGAACCUCUUCUUCAUGAUGGGGUGUACAGGAGCAUUAUCUUUAACAAGUGCAAUGACAAGGAAAAACAAAAUGACUUGACUAUUAGUUUAUACCGUGAGAGACCAUCAACCAAGGUACACAACGUUCUGGUUGGCAUCGGUACCGGGAAAUGUUACAGAGCAUUUUGUUACGACACAGAGGAUGGCGACACUUACAUUUUACCCAAUCUACCUACGAUACAAGCCUUUCCCAACACAGUUGUGGUCGACAAAAAGCUGUAUAUCCUGGGAGGGGAAAGUCAGAGAAAUAUUAAUUACGAUCCCGUGAAUAGCUUAAGGGUUUUUCCAUUCGAGGUUGAAAGGACAGAUUCGGGAUUGCAUGCAGGGUGGGUACGGAAACCAUCGUUUAGGGAAGUUCGUAGGGACAUAGCCGUAGUUGCACAUGAUCAGAAGAUAUAUGUGGUUGGUGGUUGGAUGAGUGGAGCAGUAGGAAGUGUGGAAUGUUAUGAUUCAGUUUCUUCCACGUGGAGUCUCGUUGCUCCGUUAUGCAUUCCAAGGUCGCAAUUAGCUGCAAUCUCAACUACAAAUUGCAUACUUGCUAUUGGUGGAAGCACGGAUCAGGUUGUCGGGACUACCACUGUUGAACAGUACGACCCAAGUACAAACUCUUGGAGCUUCCUCCCACCAAUGAAAACUCGCAGGCUAUUUGGAAAUGUCAUUUUUGUGCACGACAAGGUGUAUGUCUUGGGUGGGUAUGACAACGCAUUUGAUCGCAUUUCGAAUUGCGAGUCUUAUGAUCCUUCUACUAAGGAGUGGAGUACCAUUCCACCACUUCCAGAUUUACUACACACUAAUCAAUCAGUAGUGACACUUAACAAUGAAAUCAUAGCGAUCACAGGAUCUCCUGAGAUCUACUGCAAAGCGGCAUGGUACAACAGCCAUGCCAACGUCUGGGAGAAAGUACAGAAUUUUCGUUUAAAUUUCAACAUUGCAGGUUACAGGCUUUGUUGCCUACAGGUAAAGAAGUACUUCAUCCAAGAGCUUCCAAAGGCUACUGCAUCAGACAUUGCUGCAGCUAACGUCAAUAGCUUUCCAAAACAGGAACACUUUGUAGAGGAGAGUCAUGCUUUAGUAGGGGAUCUUGGGCUAGCGCUUAGUGAAGAUGAACAAGAUGAUGAUAGUGACAGUGAUGAAUGGUUUUGAACAUAUUUAGGAUAGUACACGCGCGCUGAUUGGUCGAAAACUGUGAGUUUGUUUGUGAACGGAGUACAGUGCUGACGCCAUCCGCGCGCGCGAAGUUUUGCAAGAUCCUGCAACUUUCUCGUUUCGUUUUGCGUAAAUAAAUUCAAUACCGAAAUAUAAUUAGUAACUAUAUAAUAAAACAGGCGCCUACAGCUCGUGCUUCUCCUUACACUUCUUUCGUGUACUGAAUGGAGCACGGAAAAAAGCUGUUUUAUUUCUUAAGUAAAUAAUCUAGUUGAGAGGGAUGUGGGAGAUAACGGAACACCGAGUGUCAAUAUGAGGUGCCCAUGUUAAUUAAAUUGCCCAUUAUUUGCUUAA